UGUUGGCCACCCAGUGACUCAGUGGGACAGUACUGCGUUGCCUGUGGAGACUUGAGGUGGAUUCAGUUUCCCUUGCUGCAUUGGACCACAGAGAGUAAAGCAGCUGUGGAGGCUGAGCCCAAUGGGGACAUGGUGCUGCUCGAAAAGGAGAAGCUGGAAAUAGAGCCAAGAGGCCAGUGGAGUAAUAAAAUGGAGUUUAUGCUCUCUGUGGCUGGGGAGAUCAUCGGCCUGGGCAAUGUGUGGAGAUUCCCUUAUCUUUGUUACAAAAAUGGAGGUGGUGCUUUCUUUAUCCCCUACCUCAUCUUCCUCUUCACCUGUGGGAUCCCAGUGUUCUUCCUGGAGACAGCGCUAGGACAGUACACCAGCCAGGGAGGGAUCACCGCAUGGAGGAAGAUCUGCCCUCUCUUUGAAGGAAUUGGAUACGCCUCACAAGUCAUCGAAUCCUAUCUGAAUAUCUACUACAUCGUCAUCCUAUCUUGGGCUAUCUUCUACCUGUUCAGCUCCUUUACUGCUGUGCUUCCCUGGGCCACCUGUAAUAAUCCUUGGAACUCAGAUCGCUGCGUGGACUUUCUGAAUCACUCUAACGUGGAGAACUGGACAGCGCCUGCUAAUGCCACCUCCCCAGUUACUGAAUUCUGGGAGAAGCGAGCCCUGGGGCUCACAGACGGUAUUCACAAUCUGGGCACUGUGCGCUGGGAGCUGGCUGUCUGCCUCCUGCUCGCCUGGGUCAUCUGCUACUUCUGCAUCUGGAAAGGAGUCAAGUCCACAGGCAAAGUUGUUUACUUCACUGCCACAUUUCCCUAUGUGAUGCUUUUUGUCUUGCUGAUUCGAGGGGUCACCCUGCCUGGUGCUGCUGAGGGGAUCAUGUUCUACCUGAAGCCAGACAUUUCCAGGCUUGCAGACGCACAGGUGUGGAUGGAUGCAGGCACUCAGAUCUUCUUCUCUUAUGCGAUCUGCCAGGGGUGCCUGACAGCCUUGGGCAGCUACAACAAAUACAAUAACAACUGUUACAGGGACUGCUUCAUGCUAUGUUUCCUGAAUAGUGCCACCAGCUUUGUGGCCGGCUUUGCUAUCUUCUCUGUGCUGGGCUUCAUGGCACAAGAACAGGGCGUGCCCAUUUCAGAAGUGGCCGAGUCAGGUCCGGGCCUAGCAUUCAUUGCGUAUCCAAAGGCUGUAACGAUGAUGCCUGUGUCUCCGCUCUGGUCCUGCCUAUUCUUCCUUAUGCUGAUCUUCCUGGGACUGGACAGCCAGUUUGUCUGUGUUGAGAGCCUGGUGACGGCCAUUGUCGACAUGUACCCAGAAGUUCUCCAGAAGAAAGGGCACCGGGAGCUGCUGAUCCUCGCCGUUGCAGUCAUAUGCUACCUGCUUGGCCUGAUGCUAGUCACUGAGGGUGGAAUGUACAUCUUCCAGCUGUUUGAUUAUUAUGCUGCCAGCGGUACGUGCCUACUGUUCCUGGCCAUUUUUGAAGUCAUCUGUGUUGGCUGGGUGUAUGGUGCGGACCGUUUCUAUGACAACAUUGAGGACAUGAUUGGUUAUCGGCCGUCGCCGCUGAUUAAGAUGUGCUGGCAGGUUGUCACCCCUGGUGUUUGCCUGGCGACUUUCCUAUUUUCACUGAUCAAGUACACCCCCCUAAAAUACAACAACUGGUAUGUGUACCCUCCGUGGGGCUACGCUCUGGGCUGGUUGAUGGCUCUCUCUUCCAUGAUCUGCAUUCCACUCUACGUCAUUUUCAUCCUGCUGAAAACCAGGGGAUCACUAAAGAAGAGGCUAACGCAACUCACUUCCCCAGCGGAGGACUUGCCUCAGCCAAAGAAGCACCGGGCUAGCGUGUCUGAACCAUUGGAGAGCUCCAAAGCAGAAUACAGGAUCUCAUCCCCAUCAGCCAAGGAAGUGCUCAUAACCACAGAGAAGGAAACUCACUUGUAAAGCAUAUGGGAAAGGAUUUCACCUUUGCAUUCUGGAGUGAUUCCCCCUCUUGUUCCUGAGGUGGCUUCUCUUCACAUCUGGGACCAUGCACUUUUCAUUUCUCCUCUGCGCACCUGAGGCAGAGCCAUCCUAGUCAGUGACUCUGGGACAUCCUUCUCCCUCCCCAAGUUUAUCAGGUAGUUAACUAUGCAGACUUGGGACAGCAGUUCUUUUGACACCACUGGGACAGCUCUCUCCUUCUGCACCUGGGAAAGAGCAAUGUGACUUCACCAGAGGCGCUUUAGAGCCCUGACACUGAAAGAAGGAACAGUAGAUAUAAAAUAAUGGGGAAAGGAAAUUGCAAAGAGUAGAGAGGUUCAGAAGUAAAGUCAGGAAGGCAAAGGCACAAAAUGAGGGGGUGUGAGCAAAAGGAACAAGUUAAAUGGUUUAUAAGUACAUAAAAAGCAGGAGGCUGACAAAGGAAAGUGCACAGGUAGGUCACCUACAUACCAGGGAGAGAGAGCCAAUCACACACUAAAGACGCUGCAGUGCUGAGUAGCUGUUUGGCUUCAGCUGUCACUCAAAGGGUGAGUGACAGGAUACUUAACAUAAUCCUAGUUAAUGAGGAAAGGGAGAGACCACAAGACAGACUCAGGAUGGAACAGGCUGAAGGAUAUCUGGGUUACUUGCACUAAUUCAAAUCAACAUGGGCCAGUGAAAUUCAUGCUAAAGAGGAUGAGGCUAGCAGAGAGCUGGCGAUUCUUUCGGGGAGAGCCUGGAGUGCAGGGGAGGUCCCACAAUACUAGUCGAGAGUAAACAUAGCACAUAGGGGCAAAAGGGGCUCCAGGAAUUACACACGAGAAAGCUUAGCUGCAUUGCCUGCAGCUGUCUAGAAGAAUUAAUAGAGACGUCGAUAGGCCUGUUUCCCUGCUACACUGCACUUUGUGGCGUCAUUUAUACCAGGGCAAGUGAUACCACAUCAGAAUGGGAGCUUUUUACACCACUUUGUCCUGGUGUAAAUGUCCAAGUGCAGAUAGCAGGAAAGUUGUGGAAUGGCCUGAAAAUAUGAGAUCAAUUGUUUCCUGUGUUCAUUAUUUUCUCCUUCCCUUGUGUUAAUACUGAUGUGGCUUUUACUUGGAGGGUUGCUAUAUGAGUUUCAAUAAGACAAAUGUUGCCUCACACAAUGUUCCUCGUACAGCUUGCCCUAGCAACAGUCUGAGUGCAGCAGCUGUGGCCAGCCUGGAAAACUGAAAAAUUGCAAAUGUGCAAUAAGACUGCUAAAAUUUGAGCAGAUGCCCACUGAGCAUGCUCAGAAGUAAACUUUUCAAUUGCUUAUAACUGCUCUAUUGUUAUUUCACUACCACCUCUUCCCUCCCCCGCCCCCCAGCAAGUGGAGCACAAGUGCUCGCAGGAUUAUGCCUAGGCCAAUUUUGUUUUGUUUUUUAAUUCCAAGUUUUAGGCUUCAGCGGUUUUUCUUGAAAAAGUAUGGUACAGUAUUAGAGGGGGAGUGUGUAUUUUAAUCUCUCUCCAGUAAUUCAAGUGGCAGAAGGAGAAGGUUGGUUUUGUGGCUCAGGCACUGGAGUGAGACUCAGGCUAUUGGAGUUCACUUCCAGGCUGUGACACAGAUUCCUUCUGUGUCCCGGGGCAAGUCACUUAAAGUCUCUGUGCUUCAUUUUGUAAAAUACGAGGGAUAAUAAUACUUACAACCUCCCUGAUAUGUUGGGAGGAUACAUUCAUUCAUGUGUGUGAGGUGCUCAGAUCUGAUGGUGAGGAGGCUGUGGAAACACUGGAUAAAUGAUCAUCUUUGCACAGAGACCAAGGGUCAGAUUCUGAUCUGAGACUUGUUGGCUUAAGUGUGUGGAGUUGUAUUAACAGAAAUAUCACCAACAAGGAAAUGAUUCUCCUCUACUCACCAGUAGGCAGACCUUGGUUCGCCACUUUCACGUUCGGGCAGUUCCAGUUUAAGAAGUCAGAGGGUGAAAUGAAAAUCGUGAAAAUGAUCUCUUUUGUGUUUAAAUAAAUUUUUAAUUUUUUUAAUUAAAACCAAAAAGUGUUCAAUUUUUCCUUUUCUUCCUUUUUCACCCUUUGUUUCUUUUCCCCUCCUUCCUUUCCAUUGGGAAAAUGGAAAAGAGGGAGGAAAGGAGGUGAAAAAGGGGGUUAAAAGAGAGAAACUGCGAAGCCAAACUCCACAAACUUUUGCUUAAAGAAAUUCACCAACAUUUCUAUGAAAUAAAUAAAUAAACAAACCACACCAAACCAAAACAGUUCUUCUAAAAACCAAACCAACUCCACAAACACGCCCAACUUCUAAACUAAAAUUUUAGUGAAAUUUUCAAAAGUGUUGUAGGUUUUGUGUGUGUGUGUGUGUGUGUGUGUGUGACCAGAUGUACUUUGUGGCAGUGCUGGAAGGAGUUAACACCCCAAUUCCUCUGCCCCACCCCCUGCAUUAGUACUGAAUCAGAAAAGGAGAUGGGCUUUUAUAGGAUUGGAAAAACUUUCCUCAGCCAGCAUCCUUGCACACUCAUCUGUUCAUGGGAGAUCUGUUAUGAGGUUACAUCUGGGAUCUUGUCUUCACCACGAGAAAAAGGUGUGUUCUUAACUUGAGUGAACUAAGUCAAGGUAAAAUCCUAGUGUGGACAAGAAGUCUGUGGUAUUCCCAUGAGCUAGCAGGUUAAGUUAAAAGCUAACCUUCCCCAUAGCCUUUACCUAGACCUGCUGGCUCGUGUGAAAACUGCCAACUGGCUUGCGUUCACUAGGCUAUUCCCGUGUGUUAGUUAUCAGCUGUUAGCUAACUAGAGUUAACACCCCUUUCUUCCUACUGUAAAGGUGGAGCCUGUAAGUCCUAGGAUCCAGCUAACAGAGUAUUCUGCAGCAGAAGGCAAGAAUCCAUUGGCAGGGGAAGCAGAGGGAGAAGUGGGCAUUGCUAUACAUUUGACUUGUCCUUUGCUGAAUGUAGGGAGUUCUGGGUCCAUCAGCACAAAUACCAGGCUCUGCUGUCAGAGGGGACCAUAGGAAGUGAGGAACCCAGUGACAGAGCAGGCUGUUUGGUAGGGAUCCACCUGUCAGGAGGCUGGCUACGCCUCAUUUCCAUCCAGUUACUCCAGAAGUGCUGGAGAAAGGGCCCUAAUUUCGGAGUUUGGGGGGGAGGGGUGUUUGUUAGCAGUAAGUUCCCGCCUUAAAAGUUGGUUUACAGCACUUGUAUGCACAGAAUAUGCCCCCAUGUGCAAUAUUUGUUCUUGUUUUUCAUAACUUGUGUAUAUUUUGGAAGACUUUGUACUGAACAAUACUCUUAAAAAUAAAGGUGUUUCGUCAGAC